AUGCAUAUGUCGAUGAAUGAAGUCGCUCGCUUGCAUGUUCAAGCACUCCACUCGUUGAAGGCUGACUAUGACACCCAGGGCCAGAAAAUCGGACAAAUGUUGCGGAAGCUGUCCGUAUACAAUGCAACCGAACCGACAUCGGAAGAAGCCGAUGAAAAACCAAAAACGGCUGCUAAAAUGGGAACAAUCAUGGGUGUAUUCUUCCCAUGUAUACAGAAUAUCUUCGGUGUACUAUUCUUCAUUCGUAUGACAUGGAUUGUUGGCACUGCGGGCAUUGUUCAAUCGUUUUUCGUUGUUCUUACUUGUGUUUCUGUGACGUUUCUCACCUCGAUAUCUCUAUCUGCAAUCGCCACAAACGGGGUGGUUUCGGGUGGGGGACCGUACUACAUGAUCUCCCGUAAUCUCGGACCUGAACUUGGCGGUGCCGUUGGUAUUCUAUUCUAUCUGGGCACGACAGUAGCCGCUUCUAUGUAUCUGACCGGAGCUGUGGAGAUAUUCUUGUUAUACAUUAUGCCCGAAGGCAAAGUAUUCGAAAGUAUCUACAACAAUUUCCGGCUGUUCGGUUCGGGACUGUUAUUCUUGGUCGGUUUAAUCGUCCUCGCCGGAGUUAAGGUGGUGAACAAAUUUGCUCUGCCACUCGUCUUUGUCGUACUAUUCUGUAUAUUCUCGGCGUUUCUUGGUGCCUUUGUGAAGUUCAACGGUUCGGAUUCGCUCAUGUUCUGUAUGAUGGGUGAUCGACCGGUGGAUGUUACAACUUAUUACGAGACAAUGCGCCUUCGGCCAAACUGUACAGUAGAAGGUUUGAGGCCGUUGUUCUGCUCCGAUAAUGGCACCUGUGAUCCGUACUAUGACCGAGUCAAAAAUGUCAAAGUUUGGAGAGGUAGUAAUAUGCCGGCGAUUCGACUUGAGGUAGGUCAAACAUUUUUCGAUUGGAUGAGCUGGACGUUGAACUGA